AUGAUUGCGGAUCAGGUUGUGACGUCUCUGGUCGCGGCUAUCACGUCUCUUGGGGCAUCCGCAGGGGCAGCUGCCGCUUUACGGACCCGGAACGCUGAUGUCAGUGUUUCUGAGCUCGUAUUGCCUCCUAUGCCUAGCGAGGCCAUGAAGCGUCAAAGGAAGGGCAGUACAGCGUCCCCCUCAAUAUGCUCCGGAAUGCCGCGGAGGCGGAUGUUCCUCCUCCUGUGUCUGGACUCCAUCACUAACAUCGACUUGGAGUGGAUGAAAUACUAUGGCUCUAUACAAUUUCCAAAGAAAGAGAAGAUGUUCUGCAUUGGAAGCUCACUAAUUCAGAGACCGUCACCUGUAUGUGUCCCAUCACGCUUGUUCUCUAGGCAAAAAGAGCCACAAAGGUAUGUUAUGGAGAAUGGUGUUCAUUUCCAGUAUGUGCAGGGUGAGAAGUACCCACAAUGGAUAAGAAAGGAAUUCAAACAUAUGAACAAGAAAGAGAAACAGACACAGUCACAGUUUAGAGUUUGUGGUGCAAGCUUAAAUCUUCAGGAGAGGCCCAAGAGUCAAGAGAGGGAAUCAUACACAAAAAAGAGCCAGGCUUUGGGGAGAGCACAGACUGGACACUUCCAACCUGGAUAUCACAAGAAUGCUCAACAUGGGACCAAAGGUCCACUUGGUGGUAUCACUUUUGGAAAUAAUAGUUUGUACAUAGGCAAUAUCAAAUCACUUGAAGACUUCCCGAAUGAUACUCGUGGAGAAAAAAUUCAGACCACCACACUGCACCUUUACCUUCCAAAAGUUGAAUCAGAAGCAGACACAGCUAGGAAUGAAGAAAGUAAUGCAGAACAUAUUAUAACAGAUACUAAUGUAGAAGACAUCUUUGAAAUAUUUAAUGUAAACCUUCCAAAGUUGCCAUCACAAAACCAAUCAAGGCAAACAAGACAAAAGGCAGCAAUGACCACAUUUAACACCUCUGAGCAUUAUAGAGGAGAAAGGAAAUGGGUGAUUGCACGGCAAACAAAUGUGUGUCCACUGCUUGAUAACAAAAACAAGAAGGAAAAUACUAUAACCAUCAAUAACACAAGCUGUAAUAAAUAUAUCCAAAGAGCAACUUGUAAUGUUGGAUACAGGUUAGGAGCUUAUUACACAGACAAUGCAUCAGAAAUAUCAGAACAUGGACUGAAGGUCAAGGCACUAUCAUUGAGCAAGGAAGAACCAAGAGUUCCAAACACAUCACCUGUCACCUGUCGAUGUGAAAGAUAGAAACAGGAAUACUGCAAAUUAAGAGCAUCAAUGUAAAUACAUCUACAAAGCUACCAGUUUUUAUUUCACUGCUGCAUAUAAAGUAUGACCUACAAAGCCUUAUACAGAAUCAUAUGCAAUGAUUAUUUUAAACCCUAGUCUACAGAAUUCUGUUCUUUCAUGGUUAUUAUCUUGUCUGUCCCAAUGCUCUUUCUACAAGGCUGUUCCUAUGCGCCCUUAUCCAUCUUUGAGUUGAUAACUGCAUGUUUUCUGAAUCUCAUAUUAUUAAAAAAAACAUGUAUAUAGGGUUUCCAUAACUGCAUAUAAAAUUUGUUUAUUGCAAAACAUUUAAUUUGCAAAUUAUGCCACAAAUACAGUGCAGUUGCUUGACACGGUAGCACCAGGAGAUGUGACAAUGUGAGCAUCUGAGUGCUGGAUACAGAGGUACUAACUCUUUGUAUUC